GAAAAUAAUACGGAAAAAUGAUUCCAUUUAUUUAGAAAUAAUGACUUUAACGAGUAAUUUUGGUGAAAAUACGACUCAAUCGAAUUGUGCGCUUGAUGAAUCUUCAAACUGGAAUACACUUUAUUGUUCGCAUCUUUGGGCAAAUAGUAAUCUUAGGCAAGCCAUAAUAAAUGCACCUUGUAAGGAUAAUAAAAUAAGAAAAUAUUGCUACACUUGUAGAGGCAAGAUAAGAAGUUAUGGUAUUACGCCCCCAGAAAAUAGUUUCUUACCGAAUAAUUACUCUACACCAAAAUUAGAGGCACAACCAGCAAGGUCAGAAAUUCAGAGAAACAAUAUUUAUAAGAGUUAUAUAGAUGAUUCUAAUAAUUUAGGCAACUGUUCCAAUAUAAAAGCAUCAGUUAAUGAUAUAAGCAUAAAUAAUGAUGAUUUUAUACAACAUAUUCCAACUAUAUCUAGACAAAUCGAUACUAAUUUUCGCCAUAAGUAUACAAGUACUCAACCUGAUAUAAGUACUACAAAUGUAAAUCAAAGAAGACUGAGAAAGAGCCUGAAAGGCAUUGGGUGUGUAGUUAACUGGUCUUUGACUGGAAGUCCAAAAAAAAGGAGGACACAAAUACAAGCCUGCUCAAUAAGUGUGAUGAUAAUAGCAAUAGUAAUCAUAAGUUUGGUUUUAGUCAAUUUUACUACAUUAAAUUUCACUCAAGUGAAAAAUGAUACCAGUACAAUUCUAGUGCCAAGAGAUACUAUAGAAAUUAAUGAAAAUGAAAAUUCGUCGGCCGUUGUGAACUUUUACACAGACCUAUUUGUACCUCGCGAUACGGAAGAAAAUGAAGAAAUGUACACGACUCAAGCAUCCCUAUUGUCAGCAACAAAAAAUAGUUCUAUUAUAAGCAAUAUUAUCUUAAAAAUACGAAAAAAUAUUAAAACGUACCCGAAGGACGUUCAAAAGUUAAAAGAAAGAAGUAGCGAGAAAGAAAUCUUAAACAGAAAUAUAUCAAAUAGUUUUUGUUCGUGCCAAACAAAUGAAGUAUGUAUGUUAGACGAAAUCAGUGGAAAAUCGAUUUGCAAACGGGCUAUUGAUAUGGAUGAUCCAACAGGUUGUGGUGGAUUGUGUGCAAUGGAAACAGAAGCUUGCCAACUAGUUGAUAAAAGUCGUGGAGUCCGUGUUUGCCGUUUACUAACUCAAGUAUCAUGUUCGCCGCAAGAUUGGCGAUGUCGGAAUGGUUUUUGCGUAUCUUCAGAAGCGCGAUGCGAUGGAUCUAUACAAUGUUACGACCGUUCUGAUGAAAUGCAUUGUGAAUGUGAUUUAACAAAACAAUUCCGAUGCGGACAUUCAAUUUCUUGCUUCCCGAAAAAAAAAAAAUGCGACGGUUUUAUUGAUUGUUGGGAUGGAUACGACGAACUGAAUUGUACUAUGGAAUGUCCAGAAGAUCAAUUUACAUGUACAGACGGACAGUGUAUACUGUCAUCAAGGUUUUGUGAUGGCUUGGCAGAUUGUGCUGAUGAAAGCGAUGAACCGCAGGGGUGCGAUAUUUCUUGUAGAACUCAUGAAAUGCAAUGUAAAAAUCGACGGUGUGUACCACUUGGGGCUAAGUGCGAUGGCCGCGACGACUGCGGAGAUGAUAGUGACGAAAUACAUUGUUCUUGAUACGAACAAGUUGUUUACUUUAAGCUAGUUGCUAUUGAUUCUGUAUUUCUUUCAAAGAUAAUUCAUAUAUUUAUUACAGUUUUUAUAUUCAAAUUAAAAGAAAUUAACACA